AAAAAUCUCUCAACAUAACAGAAGCUUCAAGGACAAGAGCAGUUGGUACUUGAAGCUUGAUUACUGAUUUCUCCUUAUUGAGAUUUCAGAAAUGGCUUCUCUUACCUCAGUCACUUCACACUCAACUUCCUCUUCAUUUUGUUCUAAUUUUCAGUCCUCACAGAGACUUUUCUCUUCAAAAACUAUUCCAGAUGGUUCCUGGUUUUUGACAGGGAGAUCAAGCAGGGUGCCGAGGCAGGGAUUAACUUCACAGAAUGUCCGAGGCCGACUGAAAAUCAGAAGUGCAGCAACUAAGUCUCCAAAAUCACCAGCUGAAACUGAGUGGAAGAUCAAAAGGGAGUUGCUCUUACAAAAAAAGGUAAGAAGUGUUGAUGCUAAGGAAGCUCUUCGCCUGCAGAAAGAAAAUAACUUUGUGAUUCUUGACGUACGGCCUGAAUCCGAGUUUAAAGAGGCUCAUCCACCAGAUGCUAUUAAUGUUCAAAUAUAUAGGCUCAUAAAGGAGUGGACAGCCUGGGACAUUGCUAGACGUGCUGCAUUUGCGUUUUUUGGCAUCUUUGCUGGAACAGAAGAGAACCCUGAGUUCCUGCAAAGUGUGGAAUCAAAAUUAGAUAAAGAUGCAAAAAUAAUAGUGGCUUGCUCAACUGGGGGUA